AUGGCUAGCUUUUUCGACCUCAAAGCCAGAAAGGCUGCAGCAGCUGCCAAUGGCAAUGCGGACCAAAAACAGGACAAGCCUGCUAAUGCUCGAACCCAACCUUGGGUCGAGAAGUAUCGACCAAAGACACUCAGCGAUGUUACCGCCCAGGACCACACUGUCGACGUGCUCCAAAGGACACUUCAAUCUUCCAACCUGCCUCACAUGUUGUUCUACGGGCCUCCCGGUACAGGCAAAACCUCGACAGUCCUCGCACUGGCCAAAGAACUUUAUGGUCCCGAAAUGAUCAAAUCGAGAGUCCUCGAGCUCAACGCCUCCGACGAGCGUGGUAUCUCCAUUGUCCGAGAAAAGGUCAAGAACUUUGCGCGAAUGCAAUUGACCAAUGCGGCUCCGGGAUACAAGGACAAGUACCCUUGCCCCCCGUUCAAAAUCAUCAUUCUCGACGAGGCCGAUUCCAUGACACAAGACGCCCAGAGUGCGCUGCGACGAACAAUGGAGACAUACAGCAAAAUCACCCGUUUCUGCCUGAUUUGCAACUAUGUCACUCGAAUUAUCGAUCCGCUUGCUAGUCGAUGCAGCAAAUUCCGAUUCAAGAGUCUCGACCAGAGCAAUGCAAAGAAACGACUGGAGGAAAUCGCAGAGAAAGAGGGUGUGCCGCUUGAAGAUGGCGCCGUCGAUGCACUCAUCAAGUGCAGUGAGGGCGAUCUUCGAAAGGCUAUUACCUACCUGCAAAGUGCCGCCAGGCUUGUUGGCGCCAGCACCGAAAAGGAGACCGACGGCGAAGGGGCAAUGGAUGUCGACAAGCAGGCGGUUACCGUUAAGAUUGUUGAGGACAUUGCUGGUGUUAUCCCGACCAGUACCAUCGAUGAUCUCGUCAAAGCGAUACGUCCAAAGAGCUCGGGAUCAACGUUCCAGGGCAUUUCUGAUGUCAUUGAGAAAUUGGUUGCAGAUGGUUGGAGCGCGGGACAAGUCGUUGGACAGCUUUACCAAGCUUUGACCUACGAUGAGACAAUUCCCGAUGUCCAGAAGAACAAGAUUGUCUUGGUCUUUUCAGAGAUCGACAAACGGUUAGUCGAUGGAGCAGACGAGCACCUGUCUAUCCUCGAUCUGUCAGUAAGAAUAUCGGCUAUUAUGGCGAGAAAAUGA